AGGUCCCCUUUGUAUGAGGUAUCAUGGACAAAGUGGUCAUCAGCUUCCUGCUUCUGGGAACCGCAGUUACAAUGGUCCAUGCAUGUCCCAAAUACUGUGCCUGUCAAAACCUCUCAGAGUCCCUCGGGACUCUGUGCCCCUCGAAAGGUCUGCUGUUUGUUCCGCCGGACAUCGAUCGGCGAACUGUGGAGCUCCGGCUGGGUGGCAACUUUAUCCUCAAGAUCACCACUCAAGACUUUGCCAACAUGACUGGUCUGGUGGAUCUCACUUUGUCACGCAACACUAUCAGUACCAUCCAGCCUUUCUCUUUCAUUGACCUAGAGACCCUAAGAUCCCUGCACCUGGACACUAAUCGGUUGACGGAAAUUGGACCGGAUGACCUCAGAGGACUGAUUAACCUGCAGCACCUGAUCCUCAACAACAAUCAGCUAAGUCGAAUCUCAAAAGAAGCCUUUGAUGAUUUGUUACUGACGCUGGAGGACCUGGAUUUGUCGUAUAACAACUUGCGCAGUGUGCCUUGGGAGGCCAUCCGCAAGAUGGUGGACCUUCACCAAAUGAGUCUGGACCACAACCUCAUCUCCUUUAUCGCUGAAGGGACGUUUACUGAUCUUGAAAAACUGGCUCGUUUGGACUUGACCUCGAACCGCCUCCAGAAACUCCCUCCGGACCCUAUCUUUGCACGCUCCCAGAGCAGCAUGCUGAUGAGCACCCCUUACGCACCUCCACUCUCUCUCAGCUUUGGCGGGAACCCGUUGCACUGCAACUGCGAGGUGCUUUGGCUGCGGAGACUUGAUCGCGAUGAUGACAUGGAAACCUGUGCUUCUCCCACCAGUCUAAAGGGGCGCUACUUUUGGUCGGUUCGUGAGGAGGAGUUUGUCUGCGAGCCACCUUUGAUCACUCAGCAUACACACAAGUUACUGGUGCUGGAGGGUCAAACGGCUAGCUUGCGCUGUAAGGCUGUUGGAGAUCCAAUGCCAACUGUGCAUUGGGUUGCUCCUGACGACCGUCUGAUCAGCAAUUCCUCCCGAGCUACUGUUUAUGAAAAUGGCACCUUAGACAUAGCAAUCACCACAUCCAAGGACUAUGGUAUCUUUACUUGCAUAGCAGCUAAUGCUGCAGGGGAGUCUACCGCCUCCAUUGAGCUAUCAAUCAUUCAACUGCCCCACCUGACCAAUAGCACAAACCGUACCACACAAUCCAAGUCGGGACUUUCGGAUAUUACAAGCUCUACUAAGAUCAGUAAAGGGGAGCCUAAACCUCCUCCGGAGAAAGUGGUGUCGGUGUCAGAAGUGACUGCCGUCUCUGCUCUGGUCAAGUGGACUAUUAGCAAAUCAACUCCAAAGGUCAAAAUGUAUCAGCUUCAGUACAACUGUUCUGACGAUGAAGUCCUCAUUUACAGGAUGAUUUCCAUGACUAACAAGGCCUUUGUAAUCACAAAUCUAGUCCCAGGGAUGCAGUAUGACUUGUGUGUCUUGGCCAUCUGGGAUGACACUGCCACCACGCUCACUGCCACCAACAUUGUCGGUUGCGUCCAGUUUAUCACCCGAGAGGACUACCCACAGUGCCAGUCUCUUCACAGUGGCUUCAUGGGGGGUACUAUGAUCCUGGUCAUAGGGGGCAUUAUUGUGGCUACGCUGCUGGUGUUCAUUAUCAUCCUCAUGGUCCGCUACAAGGUGACCAGCGGAAUCCAAACCAGUAAACUGCCAACCGUGAGUAACACAUACUCACAAACCAACGGAGGAGUCAACAGGUUCAAUGGCGCCCCGCCGCAAGUCAAGUCCACGGUAGUGGUCAUGCGUGAGGAAAUGGUAGAGUUCAAGUGUGGAUCCCUCCAGAGUAGCCUCUCGUCGUCAUCUUCCUCGUCUAACUCGUUAGAUAGCCAAACAGGAAGAGCGAUCGGUGGCCGCUACAGCGUUCAGGGCAGCGAAUGCAGCACCCUGCCCAGCAACAAGUUCCGGAGGCAUGGGCACAGUGCCAAAGCGCGGCAAAACCUGGAUCACCUUUUGGGGGCCUUCACCUCUCUGGAGCUGCGAGGGGCGGCGAAGGACCAGGGAGUUUCCGGGCCCUCGACCGCUCCCAAUGCCAUGACGACGGUGGCCGUGGUGCCGCCAUCCGACAAAGAACCCCUGCUUGGGAGGGCAGAGUCCACCACCAUGCUGGGGCGUCUUCUAGGGUUUCCCCAAGAGGGAAAGCCCAAGAGGAGCCACUCAUUCGAUAUGGGUCACGUCGGGGCGGCGCAAUGCCGCAGCAGCCAGCCGCGGCGGAUUAGCAACAUCUGGACUAAGCGCAGUCUGUCUGUAAAUGGCAUGCUGCUGCAGUUUGAUGACAGUGAGGACGAGAAACCCUCCUUUGAAAGCUCCGAAUGGGUGAUGGAGAGCACAGUUUGAGGACGUCCGCGAGGUCCGUGGCCAAACAUUAAAUCUAUAUUAUAGACAACAACAAAAAAAAUCAUGACCAUGGAGACUUGGAUUCCUAAGGGGAGCUGUCUUUGAGUACUGCAUGAAGUUCAACCAUGUGAAUACUGUUGAAAUAAUGUAAGAAAAGACAUUGAAAUCUAUAGAUGACUGGCUGUGAUCAGAACUCUCUCGAAAUGUUAACUCUGUUUGAAAGAUGUUCCAUUUUCAAAUAAAUGGAGAAACGACCCAUAUGGAAUAGUUCCCAAUCCACGGUCAGAACAGAAGAUAAGAAAUUGAAAGUGGAUUUACUGCGUCUUUAUAAAAGGAACUGAAUACUAAGAGGAUUUACUGCUACUUUUGUGAACUGGAUCAUAAUGUUGCAGACCUUUGGUGUGAUAUGAGACCAGAGAGACCAGUGGAUCUAUUACAGUAGAAGAUUAAACAACAUUUUUAUUUUCAUCUUUGUUUUUUUAUCAUUUUUACUAUUUAUUAUUUGAGGUUCUUCAUCAAAAUACGGAAGCACAGCUCUGCAGUGAGAUGAUAGUUGUUCAGGAUCAGAAACACACUAACAGAGAAGCUGCCGUCUCGCACAGCCAUUUUCUACACUUACAGGCAAAUUGACGUCUUAUGCCCAAGAAGAUUCAUGCCCUAGAUAUUAGUAACACUUAACCACAGAACGCCAGUCUUGUAUUUCUACCUCAGGUUAUGUAUGAAAUGAGGUUGUUUAUAGGUGACAGCAAAUGAAAAUGCAACGAAUCCCCCAAAAAAGAUCAGAAAAAGUUCCAAACUUAAUCUUCUUUGUUGCUCUUAGAGAACAAAUUCGUCUCCAAGCAGCAAGAUUAACUUGUCACCCAGCCCAGCUUGAAAUCCUGUUUUUUUUUAGUUGGUUGAUUAUUUCCCAAGUGAUUGGCCAUGGUGUCAGGAGCCCCUGUAGGCUAAAAGGUCACCGGUGCAGACAGUGUUUGCCUCAGGGCGCUGUUUUAGAUGGUAUCGGUGUGUAUUACAGUAACCAGACACGAACGGUGUUUGAAAUCCAUCAAGUCCACUUAAUCAUUUGCCCCAAGCAGCCAACAACACGAUGUAUCACUGGGCCGUGAUUCUCUAAAGGCAACACAAACAAGAGAGCGAGAUAAUUACUCAUUUAGCAGGUUAAAUUGAGGAAUUUGUCAUUUAUUAGCUGGAUAAAGGUCACUGUGUUGCUUUAGAGAUGGUUUUGCACAUUGGAGAAAAGGAAGAAGAAUAACUCCUGAUGAGCCAAUCUUCAGAAAAGUCUGGAAAUCUCUUUUCACCAGAUUGCAUGAUACAGAACCUCUUUUUGGUUGAUGUAUAAUUUGACUUGUUUCACCACAGGAACAAUUCAUCUGUCAUUCUAUUUCAUACAGAGCUGUACAUUGCAGUAAGAUACUUUGAAUUAGUCACUGUUCAUAUCACUGCCUACAAUCAACCGCAUUUUAAUGCCUUUCUUGAUAUUCUAUGGAACGCUGCCACAAAAACAUUGGAUAGUCAUCUUUUUUUUACAAUUAUUGUUUAAUUCUACAGUAGGUGUACUGUUCUAUAUAUUGGCAUAUUUUUUGUACAAUAACUGGAUGAGAAUGUAAAGGGGAGGGGGGGAAUUGUGCAGUAGUAUUUUUAUUUUCAUGUGAAGAAAACAGUGAGAAGGUGCUUUACUGUGGUGUACCAACAUGUUGGUUGCUAGUUGGCGCACUGAAAUGGGAUUUUACACUGUCGUGCAGGGGGAGAGAGAAGUACCCACAGUUGUUAAAGGGUGGAGUCACUCACAUGACAAUAAUACAGAUUUUCUCAUGAACCUCUGGUGGUGCGGUUUCUCUUUUCCAGUGAUAGGCCUGACAAGACAAAAAGACGUUAGAACAAUGAGUUCUUACCCUCUAAAAUAAAGAAUUUUAAUUAUAUUUACAGUGCAUGUAAAAGUUUCCUUUUUUAGGGGACAUUUUUAUCAUUUGAUUGCAGCUUGAUUUUAGAAACUGUACAUUUCCAAUGUGAUUUAUCACAACAUGAGAUUUUUUUUUUCCCUGGAUUGUCUUAAAAGAACUUAAUUUGCUUCAGUGUCACCACAUACAUUUGUCUAUUCAGUUUACCUAUCACUACAACACUGCUUUAUUAAUUUUUUAAUAAAUUAAGGAAGUGACACGAAAUGCAUACAUUUAAAAACCCAGAUGAAUAAAAUACAACCCUCCUGUAUUUCCAAAUUCCACCAGAAGUGCAUGGGCAAUUGUUUUUUUGCCAUUUGUUUGUGGCGACUAAGUCUCUCUACUUGUGACACGAUGUAGCAUCCCCCUCCACUCUGCUAACUAACACUAUAAAUUUAAGUGUGUACUCAACUCGACAUAGACAUGAUUCUCACAUGAGGUUCUAGGACAAAAACAAGACAAAAACAAUUGUUUCUGUGUGAAAACAUUUUGCUACAGAAGAAAAUAUAAAAUAUUGAUUCAUUCCUACGAACCAAAUCGCCUCCUCUGUGUUUUCUCUUAUUGCACAUCAAGUCAC